GCUGCCUCGGCAUGCCGUCUGGGCGUAGCACCACCGCAAUCCAGUCUGCUAGGUGUGUUGUCGACCAACAGCGAUUGCAGGUUACCGGCGCCAUGGCCCGAGUGGGAUGCGGCCUCUUUCCGCGCUACGCUGGAGACUUGCAGUACCUAGUAGAGUCCCAAAGACCCCGAAAUGGGCGACGAGGCCACAGCCCUCGAUCGAGCAACCACCCUGAGCAAGGUGCUUGCUUUUUACGUCCUGAUUCUCGACUUGACCUGACACCCGCGUUCAUCUCAGCAGCUGCUGGAUCUGCCUUUCCUCAUACCUUCCAGUAUUCAAUCAAACUGUGCAACAACCCCAGGCCACACCACGGACCGUACCAGUCAUUGCCAUCAUGGUGAACCAGAACCCCGCCCAGUCCAUCAUCGAGCAGAACGCCGUCGAGGAGAUCGCCCCCGGCCAUUUCCAGACCAGAUGGCUGCCGGGACACAUGGGCAACGCCUCCCUCAUCGCCUACGGCGGCUGCGCGCUGGGCGCCGGCACCCGCGCCGCCUACGAGACCGUGCCAGACACCCACUUCAUCUACUCUCUCGUGGGCCACUACCACGGCCCGGCCUCCAUCUCGCAGCCCCUCGAGAUGUUCGUCACGCGCACGCGCGACACCAAGACCUUCGCCACCCGGCGCGUCGAGCUCAGGCAGCUCCAGGCCGACGGCAAGACGAAGCGCACCGUCAUGGAGAUGCUCGUCGACUUCCACAUUGACGAGCCCGCCGCGCUCGAGUUCUCGGCGCAGCCCACGAGGAGCUACGCGCGGUGGGACGCCGUGCCCAAGGACAUCAAUGCCUACGGGGACGACAAGAGCGCGGCGGCUGCGAACAAGAUGUUUGGCCUGAACAAGCGCUACUUCGAGACCCGGCACUGUCCCGAGGGCGUCGCGGGCCAGAACCUGCACGGCAUGCUCAAGCACCGCAGUCACAACCAGGACCACCUGCCCCUGGGCCAGCGGAGCUCGGCGGAGUGGUCAAAGGCCAAGCACGACCUGUCCGACAGCAAAGACACUAAUGGCAAUCGGAUCUCACGCAGAGGAGACAGGGCGGCUGCCGUGUCGUUCCUGAUGGACGGCGGCUUGUCGUUCCUGCCGCUCACCCAUAACCAUAUGUGGAUGGAGGACACCGGGGCCUGCUCGUCGCUGGAUUUUGCGCUGCGGUUCAUGGUGCCCGACAUUGAUCUGGGCAAGGAGUGGCAUCUGCGGGAGCGAACGACCAUCUCGGGUGCCAAGGGCCGGACUUAUUCGGAGGCGAGGCUGUGGGACGAGAAGGGGGAGCUGGUCGCUUCAAUGACGCAGUCGUCUAUCUUGCGGCCACCAAAGCCAGCGCCAAAGGACAAGAAGGGAUCCAUGUUGUGAUGGGUGGGACAAACAAGGGAGGCGAUGCACAUAUCUUACCAAGAACCUGGGGAAUAUAACAAGCUCAAGAGUACAACAGUGUCAUUCCGAGG